GACACUCAGAAACCAGCGUCUCCUCCUUGCCUGCUUCGCUGCAGUGUUGGGGAAUUUCAGUUUCGGCUUUGCGUUAGUGUACACCUCGCCCGUCAUACCAGCUUUGGUGAAAUCUCCAGUUCCUAACUUGCAACUAACCAGGGCUACCGCUUCCUGGUUUGGGUCCAUCUUCACCUUAGGAGUAGCCGCAGGCGGGCUGUGCACCAUGUACUUCAACGACCGCCUGGGGCGCAAGCUGAGCAUCAUGUUCUCCGCCAUCCCUUCUGCCAUUGGGUACUUGCUCAUGGCCAGCGCCCAGGAGGUCUGGAUGCUCCUGGUCGGAAGGCUUCUCACAGGCUUUGCGGGAGGAGUGACCUCAGCGGCCAUCCCG